AUCCCUCCCCUUGCCUAAUCCGCUUAAUGUUCUUGGUUUAUAUAAUUACUCAUAUACCCUCUUUAGAUACUGACAUCAACAGAGCCAACUCAACCAAGCCUAAUGUGUACAUAUUUCAACAUAAAAACUCCAAGGUCAUUAAUGGAACUUCGAAAUCAAUAAUGAAAUAUCACUAGUAAAUGUGAAGAACGAUUCUUGUUACGAUGCUAUAAAUACUCCCUCCAGUACCUACUUUUAUACGCAAAGUUGCUAUUAGGCAUUUUUAUACAGUUUCUUAUCUAAAUCCACUGUACUUUUGGAAAAUGGGAUCACGAUUCGAGGUGGAAGUGAAGAUCUCAUCGGCUAAGGAUUUGAAGAACGUGAAUUGGCGUUACGGCCGUCUCAAACCCUAUGCUGUUGUUUGGGUUGACCCUAAAGCCAAAUGCUCCACAAAAGUCGACGAAAAUGGUGACAUGUCUCCUUACUGGGACGAAAAGCUUGUGAUUCCUUUGUAUUCUCCGAUCGAGGAAUCCACCUUGUACAUCGAUGUCGUUCACGCUAACGCCGAGAAGGAUACCAAGCCUCUCAUCGGCUCCGCCAAGCUUCACCUCCGUGACGUCGUCGAUACCGUCGGCAUCGGGAACUCUUGUGAGCGUUCACUCGAUUUGAAGCGUCCUUCUGGUCGCCCUCAAGGGAAGGUGAAAGUUGAGGUCAGCGUUCGUGAUCCGCGCUAUCGUGCGCCGGAUCCGUAUUAUGCUCCUCCUUACGGUGUUCCACCACCUGGAUCACGGGAUUACCCGGCUGCACCGCCGCAACCUUACGGCGGAUCGUACGGUGCUCCUGCUCCCUACGCUGCGCCGCCGUCGGGUUAUCCGUACAGUGCCGCUCCUGCUCCGGCGCCUUAUGGUCAACAACAACCGAAUUACGGUGCUCCCCCUGCGCCGUACUCUCAGGGAGGUAGUUACGGGCAGCCGGGUUACUCGCAGGCUAGUUAUGGGCAGCAGCAGGGGAAUUACGGGCAGGGAAGCUACGGGCAGCAAGCAGGGUAUAAGUACGAGGAGAAGAAGAAGGGCAAGUUUGGAGGAAUGGGGUUGGGAGCAGGAUUGGCUGUGGGUGCGGUUGCAGGGGCAUUGGGUGGACUCGCGAUUUCGGAGGGUAUUGAUCACAUAGAGGAUAACAUCGCAGAUAAGGCUGCUGAGAAGGUUGAGGAUGAUCUCGCCGAUGAUGAUUAUGAUGGUGAUGAUUUCUAGGAAAAUUACCUACCAUCUUUGAUCUAGUUGACUUUGAUUUGCAUUUCUGAAAGAUAAAAAUUGGGUUCUUUAACCUUGAAAGCAAACGCUUGUAGACUUUAUGCUUAUAAUUAUUGUUAGAUGUAAUAUGUUUUGUAGUGUCGAACACAUAACAUGUAAUGUAUGCAAGUUGUUGCUAUCAAUUUCGAUGUUUACGUCCAAACUUCCAUUAGGCAGAUUUGCGAUCUUAAUUGCUA